CAGUCUGGAGUUGGAGCAACAUGAUGUGUCAGGAGACGUAAGCAGAGGGAUGGCACAGUGACAAACAAACUCAGAGCCAGGGGGAUGCCAGUCUGCUGGAUAUCUCAACUGAUGUUCACCAUGUUACAGGAGAUGAGAGAGCGGGAUAACGCAGAAGCAGCCGGGCGCGCGCGUGACGGGACAGAAUGAGAGCUGCUGGGACAUGGACGGCGUCAGUAGAGGACGGGGACAACUGUGACAUUGACUGGGAGAGACCCUGACGAAGUGGGAGGGACAUCUGGGUUCCUCUUGUCUUUGAAGCCCCAGCUUAACCAUGAGAGUGGCCUUCCUGGCCUUAAGACUGAUGUGCUUGGCCUGGUUGUGGCCUGUCACUCAGCUCAACAGCAGCCACUUCCCGAACAAGAGAAGAAACAAGGAGCUGUACGUCGGAGAGAAAGCUAGACAAAAGCACGGAGGACGGGUGGAUCUUAAGAUGAAGAAGUUGGACAGCACCAAGUCUCUGCUAAUUAAGUCUGAGCAGCUGCUUCGGAUUGAAGACCAUGACUUUGCAAUGCGCCCUGGCUUUGGAGGUUCAGCCCUGCCUGUUGGUAUCGAUGUCCAGGUGGAGAGCAUUGACAGCAUUUCUGAAGUAAACAUGGACUUCACCAUGACUCUCUACCUGCGGCAUUACUGGCAAGAUGAUCGCCUGGCCUUCCCCUCCAGCAGCAACAAGAGUCGGACCUUCGAUGCACGUCUGGUGAAGAAAAUCUGGGUUCCAGAUGUGUUUUUUGUCCACUCUAAGCGUUCUUUUAUCCAUGAUACAACCAUGGAGAACAUCAUGCUGAGGGUUUAUCCUGAUGGAAAUAUUCUCUACAGUGUUAGGAUCACUGUGACGGCUCUUUGCUCAAUGGACUUCAGCAGUUUCCCUCUGGACACACAGAACUGCUCUCUGGAGCUGGAGAGCUAUGCUUACAAUGAGAACGACCUAAUGCUCUACUGGAAGAACGGGAAUGAUUCAUUAAGGACUGACGAGAUUGUGCUCUCUCAGUUUUUUAUUGAAGACUUCCAGCCUUCCUUUGGGCUAGCCUUCUACAGCAGCACUGGUUGGUACAAUCGGCUCUACAUAAACUUCAUUCUAAGGCGGCAUAUCUUCUUCUUCAUGCUUCAGACGUACUUUCCCACCAUGCUGAUGGUGAUGCUGUCCUGGGUGUCUUUCUGGAUAGACAGGAGAGCCGUACCUGCCCGUGUCUCCCUGGGCAUCACCACCGUACUGACAAUGUCCACCAUCAUCACCGGUGUGUCGGCCUCUAUGCCACAGGUGUCUUACGUAAAAGCUGUAGACAUCUAUCUAUGGGCGAGCUUCCUGUUUGUCUUUCUGUCAGUCAUCGAGUACGCUGCGGUCAACUAUUUCACCACAGUGGAGGAGAUGAAGAAGCUGAAGAGAGCAAAGAUGCCCACCUCUUACAAUGCUGCUGAGGCUAUGGCCUUUGAUGGGUGUUUCCACGACAAUGAAAUUGACCUGGCCUCCCUCCCUGCCAGCACCCCAAAUACAGAGAGGAACAUCCAGUCUCGAAACUCGACUGUCUCCGCACCCACAGAAGGCACCAGGCUACAUCGCAAGCACCCUUUAAAACGAAACCUCAGCUUCAUCAUGAGCAACAGCUACAUGAUCGACUCAUACUCCAGGGUAUUAUUCCCGCUGGCUUACCUGCUCUUCAACAUCAUUUACUGGAGCAUGUAUGCAUAGCACAUUGAGUAAGCAGCAGAAAAAAACAAAAGAACUGUUCCUUUUUUGACUCUUGUCACAACUGCACAAAUGAACAAAAACAGACGGAUAAUAAUAAUAAUAAUUAAUUGAUGACAUGAAUUCAAGUCUGCUGAGUAUAGAUGUCCUUCUUGAUGUCUAAUGAAAAAGUGUUCGGCUGUAACUUGAAGAAAACCUGAGAGCGGCCGUGGAAGUGAACGGCUGAUAGUUUAAUGAAUGUUUACGUGUGUUUCUGGCAUGCUUGAUUUUAUAACAGAAAGAGUUUUUAUCCAAAAUGCAUAAACAUUUGUAGGAUUUUGUUUUAUUGCUGGAUCAGAUACAUCCAUACAUCCAUACAUUAAAUACAGUACAUUUUGAAAAUAAAUAUGUGUA